CCCACGCCUAUGUGUGAGUGAGAGAGAGAGAGAGAUAGCGCUCCGUCGCCCGAAUCAGCACUAAUACAAAUAUCGUCAGUUGGUUUGUACGGGUGUGUCACUCAUUGCUCGCUCUUCCUCGGCGUCUCAGAGCUGGCAAUCUCUCUCUCCGCUUCGCGUCCGUGCUUUAUCUCUCUAAAACCCUAGAAAAUGGUGUACACUGUCUCUGGUGUUCGCCUACCUUGUUUGCCGGCAGUGUGCAACUCGUCCCGUUCAACCUUCCGUUGCGAUCGAAGGAUUCAGCAUCGCUCUCUGUGGUUGCGGAACAACUCUUUUUCGAGGAAGAUUUUUGCUGGAAAAUCUUCUUACGAUUCUGAAUCCUCAUCUACAACGGUUGCUGCAUCUGAGAAAAUCCUCGUUCCAGGGAGCCAAAAUGAUGGCUCUUCAUCCUUGACAGAUCGAGUGGAUGUAGCUUCUGAAGAUUUGCAGGUAUUUCAUAAUGUGGGUGAUGGUCUAAUAAUGGAAAGUGAUAGUAAGACAAAGGAAGAAGAAGCUUUCUCAGAACCUACCAAUGUUCGCAGUAAACCUGAUGAUGAGCAAGAUAUAGUUCCUCCUUUGCUUGGAGGUGCAAAUGAUGGAGUUCGAGAUGAAGAAACCUCUGUUCCUUCAGGUGGGACUGGUAAUGUUAAGAAUGAUGGUGAAGCUAAACAGAAGUCUAUUCCUCCACCUGGAACAGGGCAGAGAAUUUAUGAAAUAGAUCCACUUUUGAGCGGCUAUUGUGAGCAUCUUGAUUACCGGUAUGGACAAUACAAAAAAAUGCGUGAGGCGAUUGACAAGUAUGAAGGUGGUUUGGAAGUGUUUUCUCGUGGUUAUGAGAAGUUUGGUUUCAUACGCAGUGAUGCGGGUAUAACUUACAAGGAGUGGGCACCUGGAGCAAAGUCAGCGGCAUUGAUUGGAGAUUUUAACAAUUGGAAUCCUAAUGCGGAUGUUAUGACCCAGAAUGAAUUCGGUGUUUGGGAGAUCUUUUUGCCAAACAAUGCUGAUGGUUCACCGUCAAUCCCACAUGGUUCUAGAGUGAAGAUCCACAUGGAUACUGAAUCUGGAAUUAAAGAUUCCAUUCCUGCUUGGAUCAAGUACUCUGUACAAGCGCCUGAUGAAAUUCCAUACAAUGGCGUAUACUACGAUCCACCAACAGGGGAGAAGUAUGUAUUUCAACAUCCUCAGCCAAAGAAACCAAAAUCUAUUAGGAUCUAUGAGUCACAUGUUGGGAUGAGUAGUACGGAGCCAAUAAUUAACACAUAUGCUAACUUUAGAGAUUAUGUUCUCCCUCGCAUCAAAAGGCUGGGCUAUAAUGCUGUCCAGAUAAUGGCUAUUCAGGAACAUUCAUAUUAUGCUAGCUUUGGGUAUCAUGUCACAAAUUUUUUUGCACCCAGCAGUCGUUUUGGAACUCCUGAUGAUCUCAAGUCUCUGAUAGAUAGAGCUCAUGAACUAGGUCUGCUAGUUCUCAUGGACAUUGUGCACAGCCAUGCAUCAAAAAAUGUGUUGGAUGGGCUGAACAUGUUUGAUGGGACUGAUAGUCAAUACUUCCACUCUGGAUCGCGGGGAACUCAUUGGAUGUGGGAUUCUCGCCUUUUUAACUAUGGAAAUUGGGAAGUACUAAGAUUCCUCCUUUCAAAUGCAAGAUGGUGGUUGGACGAAUAUAAGUUUGAUGGGUUCAGAUUUGAUGGUGUGACCUCAAUGAUGUACACUCAUCAUGGAUUGCAGGUGGGAUUUACUGGAAAUUACAAUGAGUAUUUUGGAUAUGCAACUGACGUAGAUGCUGUAGUUUACCUGAUGUUGGUUAAUGAUCUCAUUCAUGGGCUCUACCCCGAGGCCGUUACCAUUGGUGAAGAUGUUAGUGGAAUGCCAACAUUUUGUAUUCCUACUCAAGAUGGUGGUGUGGGUUUUGAUUAUCGCCUGCAUAUGGCCAUUGCUGAUAAGUGGAUCGAACUUCUCAAGAAAAGGGAUGAAGAUUGGAAAAUGGGUGACAUUGUACACACAUUUACCAACCGAAGGUGGUUGGAAAAAUGUGUUGCUUAUGCUGAAAGUCAUGACCAAGCUUUAGUCGGUGACAAAACUAUUGCAUUCUGGUUGAUGGACAAGGAUAUGUAUGACUUCAUGGCGUUGGAUAGACCAUCAACUCCUCUUAUAGAUCGUGGUAUAGCAUUACACAAAAUGAUCAGACUGAUUACCAUGGGAAUAGGUGGAGAAGGAUAUUUGAACUUCAUGGGAAAUGAAUUUGGGCAUCCUGAGUGGAUAGAUUUUCCGAGGGCUGAUCAACAUCUUCCCAAUGGCAAAGUAGUCCUUGGGAACAGCAACAGUUAUGAUAAGUGCAGACGCAGAUUUGAUCUGGGGGAUGCAGGUUAUCUAAGAUAUCGUGGAAUGCAGGAAUUUGAUCAGGCCAUGCAGCAUCUUGAAGAAACUUAUACUUUCAUGACUUCUGAGCACCAAUUUAUAUCACGGAAGGAUGAAGGAGACAGGAUCAUCGUCUUUGAGAGGGGGAGCCUUAUUUUUGUCUUUAAUUUUCACUGGACAAACAGCUAUUCAGAUUACCGAGUGGGAUGCUUAAAACAAGGAAAGUAUAAGAUUGUCUUGGAUUCUGAUGAUGCUUUGUUUGGAGGGUUCAAUAGAAUUGAUCAUGCUGCAGAGUUUUUCAGCUCAGAAGGGUGGUAUGAUAACCGGCCUCGUUCGUUCCUUGUGUAUGCACCAUCUAGAACGGCAGUGGUCUAUUCUCUGGUGGAGGAUGAAAUGGAAACUGUCGAGGACUGAAAUUAAUCUUGAUACAGCUUUUCUUGAUACUCUUGCUGCCAUGUUUCGAGCCCUGGCAGUCUCAGCACCACCCCAUUUGAGAACAGUAGAGAUGAAACAGAAUGCAGCACAAGAUGACAGGCCGCAAUUCAGCAGAGACCAAACCGGAGAUCAUGUCUUUGUAACGUCUCUCUGUAAAUGUAUUUGCUUUCUUGUGUUAAAAUGGAUACUGGAUUAUAAUGGUCACCAUUGGUGUCAUCAUCAACAGAGACGUCAGUGUAUAGCUCCCUGUGCGUCUUAUGUCGCCAAUAAUUCCCCACUUAAUAAUACGAGCAUUUUCUUCA